AUGGCUCAACAAAAGAAAAUACAGCUUGAGCCUUUUGCAGACACAUUAAAUGAAGAUGAAACUGAGAGCGCUUUUCUCCUGUCUAAACCUGUUUGUUUCCUUAUUAUUGGAAAACCAGGUACCGGCAAGGCCACUCUAGGGAAGAAGCUCUCACAGGCAUGGAAGUGCCUUUUCAUUGAAGCUAAGGAGCUGAUUAUUGAACAUAUUGAAAGAGAAACAGAAUAUGGAAAUAAGAUCCAGGAGUUACUUUAUGAAGGGCAAAGUAUUCCUGAGCAAUUAAUAACACAGUUAAUUAUAGAGAAGAUCAACUCUCCAGAAGCUGCUCAUCUUGGCUAUGUACUUUGUGGAUUUCCUUCACUUUCUGAAGAAUAUGCAAAGAUUCCAGAACAGAUAGCAUUAAUUAAAAGCUUUAAGUUGCAGCCUGAUGUUAUAAUUAAUAUAAAGUGUCCAGAUAAAGAUUUAUGCAAAAGACUUUCUGGACAGAAGCAAGAUCCUGAAACGGGGCAUAUUUAUCAACAUGAAGACUGGAAUCUUGCUGUGAAGGAACAAAAGAAGAAUCUACAGAGAGAUGAAGAAGAGGAAGAGGAGGAAGAAGAAAUGGAAGAAGAGGAAGAAGAUAAACAAGAUAUUAAAGAAGUUUUACAACAUCUUGUGAUCAGGCCGGAAGAUUUUCCUGAAAAUGCAGAUGAACGUAUAAGGCUCUAUAAAGACAUUCUGUUACGUCCUCUGGAGGACCUUAUGAUUGACCAUAAUCCUCAAUAUCUUAUAGAACUGGAUGGAAAUAAAAAAACAGAUGAACUGUUCUCGUUUGUUUUUCCCCGACUUGAAUCUUUGGGACUACGACAUGGAUCUGUUGUAAUGAAGCUCCAGAACUCAGAGGAAGAAGAUACAGUUGAAGGAAUGGAGGGUGAAGACCUGUUUCGAGCUCUUUCAUCCUGUCGUUUAAUAGCGCCAAGAUAUAGAUGGCGCAGAAGCAGAUGGGGUCAGUUAUGUCCUGUUUCUUUGAAAGAAGGAUAUUUCAAAAAAGGACUGGCAGAAUUUGCUGUUAGUUUUUUAGAUAAAAUGUACUUACUCUCUUCUGAAGAAGCACUUAGAAAGUUCAUACAAAAUCCUCGGCCAUAUCUGCUGCCGCCUAUGCCAAUUGCACCAUGCAAGGUUGCUGUGGUUGGACCAAGAUUUUCUGGAAAAACUACACUCUCAUUAUCGAUAGCUGCUAAAUAUUCUGGAAAGGUUUUUGAUAUGUCGGAGCUUAUUAUUCCAUAUGUGGAAGAGGCAAAACAAACUGCAAUAGAUAAAGCAAGAGAAGAGGCUACUGAAGCUGCGAUAAAAACUGUGAAAGUCAAGCUAGAGCAAGAAAGAAUGCUAAAAAAACAAGAAGAAUUUUCUAAUGAAGCAGAAGAAAGUUCUCCAACUCAACCUAAUGAAGAAGCCACUACGGAAGAAGUAACCAGUGUUACAGAUAAAUCUGUUGAAAUGGAAAAGUUAGAGGAGCCUUUGGAUGAAAAAGAGAUUCUUGCUACUACAGAUUUGGUGGAAGAGGUAGACGCUAAUCAUCCAGAAGUUCAGGAAAUAGUGUUUGAAGCCAUAAAGAUUGCAAGUCAAGCACCAGUCACACCAUCUCCUCAUAUGUAUGCUGCUGCACUGGAAAAUGCCAUUAACAAGUUUUACGAACAAAGUAAAGAGAGGUUUCCUGGUGCACCACCUGAAGGAGGAUGGGUAAUAAAUAAUUUACCUAACUCUACAAAUAACUGGAUUGCAUUGGCAGAAAAGGGACUCCUCCCUGACACUGUUCUCUGUCUAGGAGAUUCUGCAGAUAAUGGAAAGUGUUUGCUUGCUAGAUUAUACCAAAUGAAUAAGCAAGAUAUAAACAACAAUAUCUUGCAAAGGCUUCAGAAGGAAAAAGCAAGGCGUUUACAAGAAGAGGAGGAAGCAAGAAAGGAACAGCAGGAAACAAUGAAGCUGCAACAAGAACAAAAAGGGAAGGAAGAAUCAGAACAAGAGGUAGAAGACAGAGAAGACAAGCCUGAAGGAUCAGACGAUCAACUUCCACUAGAGACACAAUUAAUAAAUCCUCCACAACUUGUUUCUUUAAAUGAAGUAUCUGAAACUAGUCAGUCAGAACAAGAACCAGAUUUGGAACCAAAGGCAAAAACUGAAACAGAUAUCCUUUUACCUGAGAUCCCUGAGGGUGAAUAUCCAGAUGUCCCAGAGAUGGACCCAGUGAGGCAAUUUAUCAGUACAUUUAAAGAAGAGUGGCAGCUGUUGGAGCCAAUGUUAAGAGAUACAUACCUAGUAAAUGUCUCAUCCCUGGAAAUAGCUAACAGAUCACCAGAAGCUCUUCUGAAGGAAUCACAAGAAAUCAUGGAAAAAUCUCUAAAAUACCAUGGCCGCAAACAAUCAUCAGAGGACAUAGAUGAAGAACUGGAAGAUGUGCAAGCUGAGAUGGAAGCUGAGGAACAGGAAGAAGGGGAGGAGGAAGAGGCAACAGAAGCAGAGGAGAAUGAGGAUGAUGAAGAUGCUAUUCAUGAAAAGAAAAGGCAGUAUGGAGAUUCUAAACAUUAUUGUCCCGUGGCUCUAAAAGAUGAUUUUAUCCUACACCCUGGCAAACCUGACAAUGCAGCAAUAUACAGAGAGAGAAUUUAUUACUGCUCAAGUACUGAAGCAAGAGACAAGUUCUUAGCAAAUCCAGAGAAGUAUACUGCUCACGAGGAACCACUACACGCUCCUCCCUUAAGAGUGUUUUUGCUUGGAGCAAGUGGUGCUGGUAAAACAGACAGUGCAAGAUGGUUGGCAGACAAAUUGGGCAUUUUCCAUAUCCAGUUUCAAGAGCGUUUGCAAGAAAUAAUACUUGCUAAACUUCAAAAGAAAGUUGGUCCAAAAUAUGAAGAUGCCUCAGAGGAAAAUCAAGAGGAGGAAGCCAUAGAUGACAGUGCACAGGAGGAAAACGCCAGUACAAAGGAAAAGGUGAUCCUGACGGUAGAAGAAGAAGCUGUUAAGUCUUAUUUAGUGGAUGGUGAACCUCUGCCCUUAGAACUUCUAGAUCAGAUUGUAACAGAGUUGUGGACACAGGAGCCAUUUCGCUCAACUGGCUUUAUUUUCGAUGGCUUUCCCAGUACAUUGGACGAGGUUAACUACAUAGCAGAGCGUGGCUUCUUCCCAGACAUUGCAGUUUUUCUUGAGGUAAAGGAAAAUGACGUUUGCGACCGACUUCUUCCUCCACGUUUGUCAAGGUGGAAAGAGAAGCAAACGAUAAAGCAGGAUCGUAAGCAGAAAUCGAAAGAGUUAAAGAAGAAAUUAAGGGAUGAAGAAAUUGCAAAAAGGCGAGCUGAACUUGUAGCAGAACAAGAGAGAAUGAUUGCGGAAAAAGUGCAGAAAAAAGAUGCAGAUGCCAGUGACGAAGAAGAAGAGGAGGAAGAAGAAGUUGACAACAUUGAGUUAAUUCUUUCAGAAGAGUUCCCUGAGGAUGAUGAAGAUGAUGACGAAGACGAGGAACAAGAGGAAGAUGCCAUUGAGAGAAUGAAAACUGAAAUUGGUGAAAAGUAUGAAGGAGAGGUUGAAUCUCUGGAAUCAGUGCAGGAAGAAGUAGCAAGCUUAAUGAUACCAUGUAUUACCGUCAAUGGUGGCAGGAAAUCCCAUAUUGUACAUUACCAGAUCUAUGACAAAAUUAAGCACCUUGUGGAAGACCGUAAAGGCCUCUUUGAAAAAUGUUACCCAGUAAGCUCAGUACUUGCUAGCAAGAUGCUCCAUCUGUCCUACAAACACCUAAGUGUCUUUGGACGAUGGGACCCAGUCAAGCUUAGCCAAGGAGAAGUAAUAAAACCAUUUCAGACUCUUGGAAGUCCAGAUUUUCCUCUUAUCUACCGCCAAUAUAUUUAUUUCUUUACAACAAAAGAAAAUAGGGAGUCGUUUAUGAAGAAUCCUAUUAAAUAUAUUUGUCAGUCAAAACCAAAACCUUCUGUUCCUAUUAGAACUGCAAUUGUUGGACCUCCUAAAUCUGGAAAAACAACUGUUGCCAAUAUGGUUGCAAAUGUAUACGGUCUACAACGCUUAUCAAUUGGUGAUGCCAUUCGUUCUGUGUUAGAAAAUCAACCACAAACUGAGCUGGCAACAGACAUAAACAGAUUCAUUUUGAAGGGCCUAGUUGUGCCUGAUGAACUUGCAGUCAAAUGUCUUGAAGUAGCCCUGAUGGAUCUCAAGUGUAUAACCACUGGAGUUGUACUGGAUGGAUAUCCUGCAACCAAACAACAAGUUGAUCUCAUGGAAGCAUGCAGCGUAAUCCCAAUAAAAAUAUUUGAGCUACAAUUGGACAUGAAGGAAGUUUUAAAGAGAGGACUGAUGGACAAAAAGAACUCCAAAAGGACGUACCCUGAACAUAACAGUGCUCAGAUCCUAGCAGUGCGCAACUCUUGUUAUAAGCAGCAGAUUCACCUUAUCAAGGAACACUACACAAAGCUGCACCAGAAUUGGUGUGAAAUUGAUUCUAUGCACAGCAAAUGGUGGGUCGUGAACAAAGUGAUUGGAGAAAUAAAGUCAUGUGUCAUGAAAAUCCAAGAUUAUGUAGAAAGGAUACAGGAAGGCAAAGCAGCGGGUAUUGCUGAUUUCUGCAUCACUCCUCAAGAGCUGCUGUCGCGGCUGGGAGAGUUUGGACAAUACUGUCCUGUAAGUUUAGCACAAAAGGGAGAACUCGUUGACUGCUCUGUAACCUCAUCCCUGCAGUUUGCAGCUGAAUUCCGAGGACAUUACUACAAAAUGGCUUCACAGAAUGAACUCAAUGCCUUUUUAGAAGCUGCAGAACUGUAUGUUCCACCUCUAGCGCCACAUCCUCUACCUCCACCUGAGAUGCUCCCAAAGAAAUUAACUGUGGGUGAUGUGAAGUCUAAAUUUCCCAGAAAUGCAGAGAUGAGGGGAUACUGCUCAGUUACUUACUUGGAUGGAAAGAAAAGAUAUGAAGCACUUGUCCCUGGUCACAUUGAAAAUGCUGUUGAAUAUAAAGAAAAAAUAUAUUUUUUUGAAAAUGAAGAAAAGCUGCAAAAGUUUAUGAGACUUCCUGAAAAAUAUUGGAACCAAGAGCUUCCCAGGAAAUUGCCACCAAAGAAGGAGCCAAUCUUGCUGACUUCACUUCCUUUAACUGGAUACCUUGAACAGGGAGCAGCUACUGCUUUAAUAAAAGCACUUAAUGAUGUUGGCGCUCUUAAGCCUAAGUACCCAUUCUUAAGUGUAAAAAGAUCUGCCCUACUAUACAUUGCAUACCACCUAAAAGCUUACAAUCAUCGGAAUUCAGAUUAUGUUCGAAAAAAAUACAAGAAAAAGCUGGAUCAGUUUGUCGAUCAUUGUGAGCUUAUUACAUACUUGGGUGAUAAGAUGACACGGAAGUACAAAGAACCACAGAGAAGACCAGUUGAUUUUGAUUACAAAAUGCAAUCUUUCUUAUCACUUAAAAAUGUGAACCCAACAUGCAGUUAAACAUUUUGUAAAUCCCAAAAACAAUUUUAUAAGAGAUUUAUGUGUAACAUUCUAAGUGAUAUUUUCACUGAUACUUAAAGGGCCAGUAAACCCACAAAAUAAUGUUAUAUAAUUCUGCACAUAGUGCAG